AUGUGGAUAAGAGGACAUCUUAAAUGCCGACAUUUUUCCUACUACAGAGGCGUACCUUCCAAUUUGGCGCUUAUGAACAGGUGGAUUUGUGACACCGGUCGACAGUUGACAAACACCGAAAAGAGACGCAGAUGGUUAUGCAGUUACCCUGAUGACGGCCGCGCGGGCCGCGUCCGCCCCGCGCGCAGCCGAAGGAGGCGUGGCGGGGAAGGGGCGGGGCGCGGCGAGCGCGGCGGGGCGCGGCGAGACUUGGCGGGGCGGCGCGGGGGCGGGGCGCCGGCCGCGACGCCUGCCGCCGCCUUCGCCGCCCGUUUACUUCCGGUCUUCAUCGGCGAGCAUCACGCGCCCGGGCAUCUGGCGCUGCUUGAAGACGAAGCCAGCGCGGUCUCCGGGCCCGAAGAGGUCGGCGGGCACGUUCGCGUUGUUGUACUUGUCCACCUCGUUCUCCAGCAACUGCGGACAAGCGGAAGCCAGGAUGAGACAUUAAGCAUUUGGUACUCGCAACUAAAAAUUGCCGAGGGUGCUUGGCGUCGAGGAAGGGCUGUCGGACCUCCCCUCCUCCGCCGCCCCGCCAGGGCGCGCUCGCAGCGCUUCCGGCCCGCAGCGGCGAGGAGGGGCGGCGGAAAAGGAAGCACGCUCGCCGAGCGGCCGGGAGGGCGGCGGCGCGACGGGAGUGGCAGUGUGGCGAGUAACCGCUGUUGCCCCCGGCAACAGCUCGUCACCAGAUGGUGUCCUUUCUCUUCGUCCGCGGUGGAUAUUGAGAAAGGUGCUCAUCUAACCAGGCGACGAGUGAGAGGGUAUUUCAUGUUCAGCCCAACCAUUUAGUUCAGUAUUUCUUUCUCAAUGUUUCGAGUUAGUGACGAAAAUUAACAAUGCAUUGCCAAUCGGAAAUAAAAUAUUUGAUUCUUCCAAAAUCACAUGAAUAAAGUAUAACAAUGAAAAUGAUAAUGUUAAGAUAGUGGCAGUACCAGUGUAAAUGUCAUUGACACGAAAAAGGUCAAAUUUCAUCUUUUAAUUCUCGAGCGUUCUCGGGAUUUAUAAACUUAAUGUUAAGAUUUCCGUGUAAAAAGGGUAGCUGUGGCAAUUUCCUCAAAAACUGUAGCUGUAAAGUUUUUACCAAUUUAUAUUAUGGUUAUAUAUAAUGAUUUAUUUUAUAAAUUCGUCU